AUGGAACAACGUCUAAGAAUCGACAGCUUGGACCUCAGAAGAGCCUUCGCGGACGUUAAGUUCUUAACGAAAUCAUUUAAUGGACAGAUCGAUUCACUCACUUAUCUUCAUCAUUUCAGUUUCGCUUUGCAACAACCCACAAGAAAUAAUGAUGUCUUCCGAACCACAGCAAGUAGAACUGAUGUUGGAAAAUUCUCAGUAGCCAACAGACUGAUGUCAACGUUUAACUUGGUCAAUGAGAAUCACCAGUGGCUCAACCAACAACCAAGCGACACCAUUUUGAAGCGCGUCGUCAGACAAAAAUUGCUUAGUUCAUAA